UAGUGGAACAAUAUUUAUAACAUUUGAACCCACCCGAGAGGACGACAGAACGCGCGACUGCGCCGUAGUCUCCCGGAGAAUGUGGAGGAGAGAACCCACGGCUGCGGCGUACCCCUCACGUGACUUCGUCUGCUGCUGGCUGAGUGAAGCGUGUUAGCAGAUUUUUCUAUUUUGUACAUACAUAGUUUUGUAUAUACUGUAUAUGAUGACCUCGCUGGGCGGCGACAAGGCCCGAGGCCCUCGGGACAAAGCGCUGCCUGCUUCCACACACAUCACCCAACCACAGAAACAGCUCCAGGCAACCGCUGAGCAGAUCCGGCUCGCCCAGAUGAUCUACGACAAGAAUGAUGCUGACUUUGAGGGCAAAGUUAACCAGUUGAUGGAGGUGACGGGGAAGAACCAGGACGAGUGCAUGGUGGCACUCCACGACUGCAACGAGGAUGUCAACAGAGCCAUUAACUUCCUCCUGGAGAGCACUUCUGACACGACCUCCUGGGAGACAGUGGGGAAGAAGAAGCCCCUGGUGAAGGACGGCCCGUCGGAGGGCAAGGAGAACAAGGAGAACCGGGAGAAGAGGGCAGAGAGAGAGGGCAGCCGGGGGCGAGGGGGCGCCAACCGGAGGGGCAAAGGGGCCAGUCGCAACCGACAAGGGCGGCCGGAGGAGAACGGCGUGGAGGUGGCCCCAGUAGAGAGGGUGGAGAGCUCGGCUGAGCGAGGCCGCAGGGGAAGAGGGCGAGGUGAGUGCAUAGGCUGCCCCUUCGGCAGCUCAGGCCCCGUACACGCUCUCUUUGGCCAAGGAUCGGGAGGCCGAGGUAGAGGCAGGGGGCCACCAGUGAGCAGGUUCUCUGCCCAGGGAAUGGGGACCUUCAACCCAGCGGACUACACCUCAGAAAGAAGCACGGGGACCACACAGGGAGAAGCGUGGGAGACAGGGGCCAACAACAACAGCACAGAUGGGACAGGUGUGGGCGCCACACGGGUUGCCUGGAGAAGCACUAUGGACGACUGGGCAGCCGAGGACUGGAGCGAGGACGUAAGUUUCUCUGAGACCAAAGUGUUCACCUCCUCCUGUGCGCCUGCUGCUGAGAACCACAUCACAACUCGGCAAAGUGUGGACCUGGCUACCCUGCUGCAGAAGCCUGUGGGGGUACGAGGAGAGGAGGGGGGUAUCAAAGCCCCCUCGGCCCAGAACUUGGUCUUCACCAACUCCCACCACCACCACACCCCGGCCCAAACCCGCAACGGGACGGGCAUGAGUACAGGCACCACCAGCUACGCACACGCUGCCCUGUCCUCGGUGCUGGGCGCAGGGUUCGGGGACCUGGGCCAGUCCAAGAGGAGUCAGUCCAGUCCUGGCGCCCAAAUCCUGGAGCAGCUCAAGGGGCCGGGCCUGGGGCCCCUGCCCUCCUCUCAGGCCCCUCCACCCAGCACACAGCUGGGCAGCCCCCUGGGGAGGCUGCCUGGGCUGGGGGCUCACGGGGCCCCACCCUCCACGUCCAGCUGGGAUAUUAAGGGCUCGGAGCCCAGCGCCUCCCAGUUUAGCCGGGAGUUUGCCCUGCAGCCCGAACCCUCCCUGGUGCUGAGCCAGCUGAGACACUCCGGCCCCCCCCUGCCCCUGGCCUGCCAGCCGCAGCCCCCCACCUCCUCCGCCCCCUCCCAGCAGACUGCGGCCAGUGCCGAGGUCUCCGCCGCCACCACCUCGCCCGCCCAGGAAGGACCCUUGCUCACGGCCAGCGGCGGCUCCAAGACUGCCCCCAGCGUAGGGCCGGACCCUCAGGGCAGCAACACGCCGCAGCAGCAGCGGGCACAGCUAAAGGUUCAGAAACGAAGGAUACCUCCCUCUUCUAAGAUCCCCUCCUCCGCGGUGGAGAUGCCCGGCUCGGCUGACGUCCCCGGCCUCAACCUGCAGUUCGGGGCCCUGGACUUUGGCUCGGAGUCGGCGCUGCCGGACUUUGGCUCGGCGGACAACUGCGGUGGUGUGGGGUCCAGGGAGUCCCCCCCUGUCCCGGCACCAGCCCCCCAGAACCAGAGCAGCCUCUAUUCCAAACCCCACAGUGAGUCUUUAGUUGGCCCACUCUCUUCCUCGGAACCCAUCUACCCCUCCCCGUCGGUGUCAAUGCCCAGCCUCGCCCCCUCCUUGCUGGGCACGGCCAGCUCCGUGGCCCCCCACUCCUCCUCCUCCUCCACCCCCUCCUCGGUCCCCUCCUCCUCGCCCUUCGUCUCAGCGGGGAGCGACUAUGACUGUGGCGUGGCUCCUCACUCACGUCUGGCCUUCUCUCAGAGCAAAGAGAACCCAGGACCGGUCAUGAAUGGUCUGAAUGGUGUAAGGAGCACAGCUGCUCUCGACAAACACGGCUCCGCGACUUUCACCGUGCGUUCUGUCGCUCUCUCCCUGCCAGCCCCGUCAGUGGCGUCCACACCAAAGUCCGAGUCUCCGGCGUCUCUGAGCCUCAGCACCAGCAGUGCCCCCCCCGCCCACAUGCCCCCCUCCCACAGCGCUGCGCUCUCCAGCCUGGCGACCGACAUGACCUCGGCCAGCCUAGCACAACUCAACAGCCAUGUCAGUAGUAGUCAUUCCUCAGUCUCAGCUCUCGGAUCCAGCUCCCUCACGUACACCAGUGUGGACAGCAACGUGAGCUCUCUGGCGCCCCUAUCAGGCUCCUCCUUCUCGUCAGCUCCGCCUCCCUCAGCCCACCUGGUCAACAGUAGCAUCAGCCAGCUGGGUCACAUGAGCAGCAUGAUGAGCGGGGCCGGGGGGGUUCAUGCCGCCCUGGGCCUGGGCCCGAACGGAACCAGCUCCAAUCUCAACACCCCCAGGACCGCCCCGCUGCUCUCCUCCUCCACUGGGAAAGCUCCCCCUAACUUGUCCCAGGGGGUUCCCCCGCUGCUGCCCAACCAGUACAUCAUGGGUCCAGGAGGGCUGCUGCCAGCCUACCCACAGAUCUACGGAUAUGAGGACCUCCACAUGUUACAGUCCAGACUGCCAAUGCCCUCUUUGCAGGAUUACUAUGGAAUCACAUUCCCUGGCCCCACAGCUCUCUCUGGUAGAGAUGGAAGCCUUGCCAAUAACCCUUACUCGGUAUUUUUUCCCCUCUUAUCCCAACGCGAUUCAGGUGAAGUCACAAAGUUUGGCCGCGGUGACUCCACCUCCCCAGCCCCCCCCACCAGCCUGUCCGCCCCCCAGCCCCCCCAGGGCCAGAACCAGGGCCAGAGCCAGCCCCAGCCCCCCCAGCCCCAGGGCCAGCCCCAGGGCCAGCACCACAGCAGCCAGCAGGCCUUCCUGCCUCCGGGCUACAGCUACACGGGCCUGCCCUACUACGCCGGCAUGCCCAGCGCCGUGCCCAGCGCAGCCUUCCAGUACGCCCCCACCAUGUUCGUGCCCCCGGGCAGCCAGGGCCCGUCGUCUGCCAAGCAGCAUGGCAUGGGCCUUGGCCUGGGGAACCCGUCGGCCAGCCCCUUUCAGCAGCAACAGCAGCAACAGCAGGCCAGCAGCUACGGCCAGCACACCUUCAGCUCAGGGUACGAGGACCUGACCCAGGGGCCAGCAGGAGGGGACUACAGCAAAGGCUACAGCAACUCCUCCCAGACACAGGCCAAAUCUACUGCUACAGGCCCUGGAAAAGGUGUCUCUGUGACAUCAAGCAACUCUGGAGUGCCAGACAUCAGUGGAACUGUUUACAACAAGACCCAGUCCUUUGAUAAGCAGGGUUUCCAUGCAGGGACCCCCCCACCCUUCAACCUGCCGUCAGCACUGGGGGGCCCGGGGCCCCUCAACCCUGGAGGAGCCCCUGGAGGCUACGCUCCGGCCCCCUUCCUCCACAUCCUCCCCGCCCACCAGCAACAACACUCCCAGCUGCUGCACCACCACCUGGCCCAGGACGGACAGGGCGGACCAAGUCAACGUGGCCAGUCCAGCAGCAUGCAGCAGAAGAGCCAGGUCAACAAGUCCAGCUAUGGCAGCUCCCCAUACUGGGCCAACUGAGACUCUGCUGACACAUCCGACUGAUCAGACCGUAGAGGGACAAACCAUUUUACAGCACCAAGCUAUAAACACACUACUACCAACCCCCCCCCCCCUCCCACUUACUCAAUAUCUCCCCUUUCAAAUUUAUGGCUGUUGUAUGUAAAAUAUAUUUAUGUAUGUAUUUAUACAGUAUAUAUAUGUAUUGGUAGGACAUGAAAUGUGGUUUUCUGCAUUUGUACAUUUUUUAUUUUGAAGGAUGUUGUUUUAUUUCCAAAAAAGCGAUAAUUGUGGAAUGAGAAUGAAUAAUCAUGGAAUUAAUUAUGAAGUCGAUGGUAAAUAUACUUGAACAUGAACAAGCAUCAUGUGACGUGGUCGAUUUACUUUUAUUUUUACGUAUGCAUAGAUUAAGCCUUUUUAAAAACACUUUUUGUAACUUGGUCUCCCCCAUCUGUGAACUUUUUCUAUUGAGGGUGACUUGAGUUGAUCGCUUGACAUUUUCUUUCCGCCCCAUUUUCCUCCAUUUGUGACUCCCUUUCUAGUUGACUGACGUGACCAGCCAUGCCUUGGAUUUGAUGUCAGUUUUAAAUUGGUUUAAUCCUCGUUGUCCAAUGAAAUAAAAGUUCUGAACAGUUAUGCAUUCAAAAUUAUUGCCCAUGUGAAAUUGAACCAGUCCCCCAAUUUAUUAAGCAUAUGGAGUUGACAUUGAAAGCAGUACUUACAGGUGAUACACAUCUAAAACAGAACGAUUGUGCUCUUUAGUGAACGGUCAACCUGUCACUAAUAUUUGAAGGCUCAGUUCUCAACUUUUCCCAAUUGUGUGACCAUGACCUCCAUAGUUGGGUUAUAAAUUGAAUACCCAACCCCCAUUCCAAUUUGCAUUGAUCAGUUGCUGACAUUUUGCAGCAGGUGUCAAUUAGAACACAAGGUUAUUUAUUUGGUUUAUUGAUGUUGAGAACCUGCUGUAACAGUAAUGAGAACAAACGGUACCGACCCAUAAUGAAAACAAGCAGUCUUCAACAGUUGGUCUAUCAGGAGAAUCAAUUCAUUGACAUUGCAUUAGAAAGAACUGGAUAAUAUUUACAUAUAGAGCUCAGGGGUUUCAAUGAAGGACAAGGCACAUACUAUAUAUAGUAUAAAACCAGUCAACAAAAGCACUACCAAAACAUUCGCAUCCCAACUCCUUAAGUUGAGUUUCAGAUCCAAAGCAUCACAUG